AUGAACUUCCAACCCACGGAUUAUUUGUCCAACGUUAAUCUUGACUUUGGGUCCAACUUCUCGCCCGUUGAAGAGCCCAUAAGUAGUACCGACUUGGACUUGUUCACCCAGUCAGAUUUCUUCGACUUGGAUGUUUUCUCCAAUGGAUUCAGCGCCCCUAACAAAAGCCAUCAGGCGAAAGUGAAGAUUGAAGAUGAUGCUGGCCGGCUCGACAUGGUUUCUCCCGUUAUGGUUUCGCCGCCUGUGGCUGAGCCAAGCCAGUCUAUGGAAGAAAACGCUGCUUCUGCUAAACCAGGCGACUUGAACGAAAUCAAGAGAAGAAGAAACACAGCUGCCAGUGCAAGAUUCAGAAUCAAGAAGAAGUUGAAGGAAAAGCAAAUGGAAGAACAAACCAGACAACUACAAGACAAGUUGAGCACGCUAGAGAAGAAGUUGAAGACUUUGGAAAUGGAGAACAAGUGCUUGAAAAAAUUGAUUUUGGAAAAGAACGAAAAGAAGAACUGUGACUUGCUAGAGAGUAUCAAAAAGCGGUCGCUAGGCGAGUCUGGCCAGGACGAGUCUUCCGGUUUCACGUUUACCAACUAA